GUUCAAACAUUCGAUUCAUACUGCUAACAUGACAUCAUCUGGUUUGCACAAUCAGCACAACUCAGUGUAAGAUGAGCUGUGGCAUAAAGCUGAUGUCACAGUCGUUAAUCAUGAUAACUUGCCAGUGCUGCUCUCUCAGUCAGAACAUUUGAGCAGACAGGAAACCUGGUCUGGUCCAGCCUGCAAAGCAGCGUGAAAAAUGCCAUGUAUUUGGACUUGCUGUGGAGCACCGUGUUGCAGAAAUUGUCAUGAUUUCGAUUGUGUCUGUUGUCCUGGAAAAUGUAAAUGCUCAGGAAGGAGAAGAGGAAACAAACCUGCUAAAUGUGUGACCGCUUGCUGUGUUUGCCACUGUCACCCAAGACAUCACUGUGAAAACUGUAUUUGUGAGUAUCGUGAACAGGAAAAAUGCCCAGGCUACUUCUGUUUAACCCUCACUUAUCCACUGUGUAUCUGCAAAAAAAGAAAAAGUCGAUGCCGGUGUUGCCAACCAAUGCCAAGAGGAAUAGUAGAGAAGAAGAAGAAGGAAAUUCCUAUUUCAGAAGAACUAAAGAAUGCAAUCAUUCAGCAACUCAGGUGUCCUUCGUGCAAAAACAUGUUUUACAAUCCAUUCAUCCUACCUUGUGGUCACUGCCUCUGCCAACGUUGCGUGGACAAGAUUAAAACUAAAGAUCAAAAAAGUAGAGGGUACUAUUUUGUGGUGACAUGCCCCGUGUGUGAAAUUGCACACUAUUUCUCUGGCAAAGAACAGAUCCGACUGCCUGAGAAUUACCUCCGAGCUAAGGUAGCUUUGAAAUACAAGCAUUUAUUUAAAGGCCCGGCAGGCAUAGUAUUGUGUGAACGUUGUCCAUCUGAUCAUCAGGCAGAAGCGGUUAUGAGAUGCACCGUCUGCAAAAUGAAUUACUGCCGCAAGUGUCUAAGUUUCUUCCACAACAAAAAAGAAUUUGAAGAGCAUAUUUUGACUGAUCAGUUUUGGGAGGAAGAGAAAAUACAGACUUGUUUCUAUCAUCCUUUAAUGCCCAUUGUGGAGUACUGCAUGACGGACAGAAGCUUGCUGUGCAAGCAGUGCAAAUUCACCUACCAUGAGAAACACAGAUGUCUGCCUUUGACAGAAGCCUCUAUUAAAGAAGCACACACACUAUUUACAUCUCUUACCAAGUUUAAAAGAGCUAAAUGCAAAUUUGAAAAUGACCUUAUAGAAAUUAAUUUGGUGAAUGACAACUUCCGGGGCUUCAAGGGAGACAAGAUACAUGAAAUCAGAGAUGGAUUCCUAAAACUGCAUGAGAUUCUUACCUUGCAAGAGACAGAUAUUUUAAAUUCCAUUCAAAGCAUUGAAUCUAAGAAGGAUUUUCAACUGACACAGUUCUUGAGCUCCUCUAACCAAAUGCUCAUGACCCUUGAAGGUAUAGUACAGUACUCCAAGGAGGCUCUGCAAGAGGAAAAUCCAAUAACAUUCCUGCAAUCGGUCAAUGAUUUAGUCAAGGAAAUAUACAAUGAGGUGGCCAGACUCUACCAACCUGUCAGCAGUUUAAAAUAUGACCCAAUUAAAAACCUUCAAAUCAACUUUGAAGAAAUUGCCUCUGGUCUGCGUGCUCUUUUCCCACAGCCAAAUGUUCUCAUGCAGUUGAAGGAUGAUCUGAAAAGACAACCAUAUAUUGCUGAGGAAGAGGAGAAAAUAGAAAAGACAUAUUUCAUUCCUUUGGUGGCCUCUAAAUCCUCCAUCAAUCUGACUUCAAAUGAUGAUAAUUUAAAUAACAAAAAUAAGUUUGUGAAAACAGCAGAUGAAAAUUACCAAGAGAGACCAAAGAGCACACCUCCAAUGUUGAGACACCCUACGAACAAAGAGGAUAAGAUCACAUGUACAGAAAAUGAUAUGAUAGAUUCAUCAUCCUUUAAGGACAUGUUGCCACGGUUCCCUCCCAGUCCAGUUUCUAUCUACCAGAGUUUAGCUUAUCCAAAUGUAGUUAAGCUAUUCUGGACAGCACCUCCAGAGAUUGUCGACUGGUAUGAUGUUGAGUUUCAAGAGAUCACUAACUCUGACUGGUCAGGAAGCCAACACUUUGGAGAUCUUACUGGGAAGAUAAAUGGAAUAAAGCGGCAGAGCAUUGAACUACACAAUUUGGCUCCCAACACUGAGCUCCUGUUCAGAGUACGUGGAGUCAACUUAGCAGGAGAAGGUGAAUGGUGCGAAAUUAUAAAGAUCUUAACCCCAGUUUCAGACUACCGGGACUCCCAGACUGUAAAGCAGAAAGUCAGAAGUGCAUUCGGGAAAUCCUAAACUCCAGAAAUGCUGUUUUUACAAUAAUAACCGU